CUCUAUAGGAGCGGAUUGAUAUUCCGCCCAACAUGCGGUCGCUCUUUUCAUUAUGCCUCUUUUUGCUUGCUGCCGUGGUCUCGGCCGUUAGCACCUCUGGCAACAGGCUGCUGGUGAUUCUAGACGAUGUCGCAGACAAGGCGAACUAUUCCAAGUUUCUAGCUGACCUGGAGGGCAGAGGAUUCCAGCUCUCCUUUGAGACGCCUAAAAGCGAGUCGCUCACCCUGUUCCACCUUGGGGAGCGGACAUACGAUCAUGUCAUCUUCUUCCCAAUUAAGACAAAGGGCCUCGGCCCCAACCUGACACCAAACAUACUUGUCGACUUCCUCAAUGCCAAGGGCAACAUCCUCCUGGCCAUCAGCUCCGGCAUCGCAACCCCCAACUCGCUUGUCUCCCUCCUUGCCGAGCUCGACAUCCAGCUCCCUGCCGACCGCACCGGGUUAGUGGUAGACCACUUCAACUACGAUGCCUCCAGCGCACCCGAGAAGCACGACGUGUUGCUGCUCCCGCCUCCGGGCCGCCUCCGCCCAGACAUCAAGGACUUCUUCGGCGCAGGCGCCGGCAGCAACGAAGUUCUCGCCUUCUCGCGGGGCGUGGGCGCUGUCCUGGGCACAGGCGAGCUGCUCACCCCGAUCCUCCGCGCCCCGCGCACCGCUUACAGCUACAACCCCAAGGAGCAAGCCGAGGUGGUGGACGACCUGUUCGCGGCGGGCGAGCAGCUGGCGCUGGUAACAGCCUUCCAGGCGCGCAACUCGGCGCGCUUGACGCUGCUCGGCUCGGCCGAGAUGCUGCAAGACACAUGGUUCGACGCUGAAGUGACAAAGCCAUCGGCCACGGGCGGACGAAAGGCGAAGACCUUCAACCGCGAGUUCGCUAAGCGCGUGAGCGGGUGGACGUUCAAUGAGAUCGGCGUGCUGCGCGUCAAUUGGAUCGAGCAUCGGCUCGACGAGCCCGGUAAUUCCGCGUCCAACGAGACCAACCCCAAAAUCUACCGCAUCAAGAACAACGUGAAAUAUACAAUCUCCCUCUCAGAAUACGCCUGGACCAACUGGGAGCCCUUCACGCUCCCCUCGGACGACGACGCGCUGCAGCUCGAGUUCUCAAUGCUCUCGCCCUUCCACCGGCUGGAGCUCACCCCGGAGACGGCGCGGUCCACGCCCGAGUCGACCGCCUACACGGUCCACUUCCGCCUCCCCGACCAGCACGGCAUAUUCAACUUCAAGGUCAACUACAAGCGGCCCUUCCUGUCCAACGUCGAGGAGAAGAACACGGUGUCGGUGCGGCACAUGGCCCACGACGAGUGGCCGCGCAGUUUCGCCAUCAGCGGUGCCUGGCCGUGGAUCGCUGGCAUCGGUGUCACUGUUGCCGGCUGGCUCGCCUUCUGCGCUGUGUGGAUGUACAGCGCGCCGCCGCUUACGGAUAAGGGGGAGACAAAGAAGACGCAGUAAAAGCCUGAGUUUGAAAAGUGACGGGCGAAUGAAAAUGUACGUGUAUGCUUGCUCGCUGGGAGGAGUUGGUUGUGGGUUUCAGUAGUAUAUUUGGUUCUUGUACCGUCUAUGUGCGGAUGGUCUACAGAGAUGUAUCGUACUGGAUGGCAGCAAGGUCACGUCCCAUCUUCAACUAAACAUAAACUAGAGGAAUACACGGAAGGGCUAUGAGUAUCUUGCCAUUGAUCACUAGACACACUCAGUGUGGAGUGCUUGCGAUUUGGAUUAUGACUUACAUCUACCGAUGGGUGAAGAAACAGUCAAGGUUCCCAAGGGAAGCUCAGGAGAAUGCCAAAACAAAGCAAACGAGGCCCUCAGAUUAG